AGGCCACUUCCUCUGAAAUUUUCUCUCUCUGUUCUCCCGCUAUAAGUACUCUCCCUCUCGGGGCGGUUUCCCAUCUCUAAUUUCGAUUCAAUUUUGAAAUUCAGACGAAAAAACCAUCUGGGUCAUAAUGGGCGAGGCCGUGCAGAAUAAGAAGAAGAACCAGAAUGAGAAAAACGGAGAUGGAGGAGGCGGUGGAGGCGGUGGAGGCGGCGGAGGGAAGAAGAAGGAGGACAAUCCAUUCACUGUGGUUCUGAAAGUCGACAUGCAUUGUGAAGGCUGUGCCAACAAAAUCAUCAAAUGUGUUAAAGGAUUUGAAGGUGUGCAGUCUGUGAAAGCUGAGUUUGAAGGCAACAAACUGAUGGUGAUAGGAGAAAAAAUCGACGCAUCGAAACUGAGAGAGAAGCUUUCAAACAAGACGAAGAAGAAGGUAGAUUUGAUUUCGCCGCAGCCCAAGAAGGAAAAGGACUCGAAGCCGAAAGAAAACAACGACGGCAACCAGACCUUCACCAGUAACAACAAAUCCGACAAGAAAACAGAGGAGAAUAAGAACAAACCCAAAGAGGCGCCGGUUACGACGGCAGUGCUGAAGGUAACGCUGCACUGCCAGGGCUGUAUAGAGAAGAUUCAGAGAGUAACAUCCAAAUUCAAAGGUGUUCAAGAGAUGUCAGUGGAUAAACACAAGGAUUUGGUGACAGUGAAGGGCACAAUGGACGUUAAGGCCUUAAGUGGAACGUUAAAAGAGAGACUAAACCGAUCAGUUGAAAUUGUCCCAACCAAGAACAACAACAACAACCACAACAAAAACAAUAGCGACACCCCGGCCGAGGACAUCGACAAGAACAAUACCGAAAACGGUAGCAACGGUAACGUAGGAGGAAAGAAGAAGAAAAAGGGCAUUAAUGGUAAUGGUAACGGCAAUGGUAGAGGCGGAGACAAGGAAGAGAACGGCGUGGAUGGGAUGAUGGAAGGGAACAAAAUGGAAUAUAUGGGAGGGAUCGGGUACGAAUACGGUCAUUGGGUCGGGGUCGGGAUAGAGUAUGGGUACGGGUACGAUGCGAGCGAGGUCGUGGGGGAGAAUUUACAUGCACCACAGAUGUUUAGCGACGAGAAUCCAAAUGCUUGCUCGAUAAUGUAACAAGAAGAAUGAAUUUGGAAGAGGAAGAGUGUAAAAAGUGUAGUAUUUUAGGGGUUUUGUUUGUUUGGUUAGUGAGAAAAUGAGAGAAACUGAGAGAAAAUGAAAGAAAAAAAAGACCAAAUGAAGUGUGUUUUAUGUUGUUUGUGUA